UAAAUUUUUUGAAUUGUUCAUCGAUUGCGUUCUUCGGGCAAGUUCAGUAAAAAAAGUUGUUUAGUUGUUUGUAGUUGUGGAUUUAUUUAGUUUGUUAUUCUAUCAUUCGACGAUAUCUUCACUCCGUUGCAGCACAGCUGUCAAAGUUGUUUUUAUACUGUCGAUGACAUUUUUGAUAUCGGCGCAAAAAGAUCGAAUCCCGGCAACAAUGUCAGCACUAAUGAGCAGCCCAUCGUUGGAUGCUACCAUUACUGCAAUUAAUGUUGAUGCAGAUAGAUAUCCGUUUUGCAUAGUGUGGACAUCAAUUCCAGUGUUAUCCUGGUUCUUCCCAUUUAUUGGUCACAUGGGAAUUGCAAUGUCAAAUGGAGUAAUACGAGAUUUUGCUGGUCCAUACUUUGUAUCCGAAGAUAAUAUGGCUUUUGGACGACCAACACGAUAUCUCAUCUUAGACGUGAAAAAAGUAAAAAACGGAAGUGCGCUUGAGUGGGACGAGAGUAUUUCUAAGGCAUCAGUUGUGUACGGAACUCGUAUGCACAAUCUUUUUUGGGACAAUUGUCAUUCACAUGUUGGUAUGGCGUUGAACAAUAUGAAGUAUGAUGGUUCUACGAAAUGGAAUAUGAUUCGAUUGGCAAGUUGGAUGUUCUUUUAUGGAAAAUAUGUUAGUUUCGGGCGAGCCCUACAAACAUGGCUUCCGUUUUUAAUCAUUCUGAUGGUUUGUGCUAUUUUUGGUUAUUUAAUGUAAAUCGAUGGCGUUUUUUACAGAAUCACAAUGGAAUCAAAAUGAAUUUAUUAUAAAUUCACUCAAUGAUCAAUUAUUCAUUUUAAAAAAAAAUAUCUUGUUCACAAUGGAAUUUCAAAUAAUAUAAAUUCAUAAUAGCAUUGGUAAUUUUAAAAUAAAUGGAAUUCAAUCAACUCACUCCAUAAAGCUAGAUUUUUAAAUAAAACAUCAAUGGUCAUUUAAAUGGAUAUUCUUUUUUAAUUACUCAAAAUUACGAUAUCUGCAUUACUGAUUAAUUAAAAAUAUAUCCAGAAUCCAUAAAA